AUGUGGUCCCGCGAUGUUUGUCAGAUGGGAUGGGAGUGGAGAACUCGGGAGAUGGGAGAGAGAGGAUGGGUCCAAGCGUUGUCGCUAUCGAUAAGGCGGCCAAAAAAGUUCGAGGCCGAAAUUGAAUGCGACGACGAAACAGAGUGCUACCACUCGCCUUUCACCCCCAACACCAACAUGUCGCUUGAGGAGAGACUGACCAAGAUUCGGGACAACCCGAAGCUGCAGGGCCAGCAACAGACUCAUGUGCUGCUCUCGGCCAUUGAAGACACCCUCCGCCAGCAAAAGUCAGAAGUGACGCCGACAGCAUACUUCGCUGCGCUGCUGUCACUCCUCCCCCGCCAGAUCUCUGCGCAGGGCAUCGCAAAUAAGGACACGGCGACAUCUACUAUCUAUCUUCUCGACCUCGUCACCCCCCACGUCCCCGCCCCGCUGCUGCGAUCCAAGUUUACCGACAUCCUCACUACGCUUGCCCCUGCCCUCACACACAGCGAAGCCGAUGCGCCGCUGCUACGGUCAUCGAUUGGAUGUCUAGAGUCGCUGUUGGUGGUGCAGGAUGCGCGCGCUUGGGAGCUGCCACAGACGGAGAUUAGCCCGCGGAGGGCUGUGGCCGGACUGCUCCAGAUAUCGGUCGAUCACAGGCCAAAGGUGAGGAAGAGGGCGCAAGAGGCGCUUGCAAAGGUGCUGGCGAAUCCACCACCAAGCCCUGCGUUGGACCACCCUGCAGCAGACAUGUGCGCCGAGACUGCGCUGAAAAUGCUGCACGAGAUUGCCCAGGCAGUGGCCAAGUCGAAGAAGAAGGGCAACAAGGAUGCGCAGAACAAAGAUCCAGAUCUGAUACAUGCACUGCAACUCAUCAAGACGAUUGCAACAUCAUCUGGUGGUUGGCCAAGCAGGAAGAUUGAUGUGCUCUGCGAGCUAUUACUGAACAUCUCAAAGUCGACCAAUGAAUUCCUGACCAUGGCUGCCUUUGAGAUUUUCGAGGUCAUCUUUGCCGGUAUGGCUGAUGAACUUGCGUCUGCGAAGCUGCCCCGUCUGCUCGAGGUCAUCUCGGAGCUUCAGCCCUCGAAAAAUGAUUCACAACUACUUCCUCCCUGGAUUGCUGUCAUUUCGCGAGGUUACGAAGUCUCUGCCCAAAUAGAGCCCGAAGAUUCCUUUGUGAAGCUGCCAGAGCUCUUCACCGUGAUGUCCGGCUUUUUGACAUCGUCCUCGCACAACAUCCGCAUCUCCGCUUCUGAAUGCCUCAUUUCUUUCCUUGCAAACCUGAUACCCGACAGCGUCAUUCUCGAGCCCUCAGUGUAUGAUGAAAAGAUUCUGGAGAAGGUGGCAAAGAUUGCACAAGACUUGUUGAGCGUCAAAUAUCAGGCUGCGUGGAUGGAGGUCUUCAGCAUGCUGUCUGCUAUGUUUGAGACGCUCAGAUGGCGUUCAGAUCCGCUUCUCCGGUCCGUGUUGAGGACAGUGGGCGAGCUUCGAAGCAACGAGAGCUUUGCAGGCAAGAAGGAGGCUGAUGCUGUCAUCUCAAGAGCUAUCAGUGCAAUGGGUCCGGAUGUCGUCUUGGAAAUUCUGCCGUUGAAUCUUCCACGGCCGCCACCUGGACAGACUGGACGAGUAUGGAUGCUACCAUUGCUUCGCGAUUCCGUACACAACACCAAAUUGGCACACUUCAAGACUGUAAUGGUACCACUCAGUGAGGAAUUGUAUCAAAGAGUCAUCGAUCAUGGCGAGCGGGAGAAGACUAUGGAAGUGAAGGUGUUUGAGACUGUCGUGCAGCAAAUUUGGUCGAUCCUUCCUGGGUACUGCGACUUGCCGCUCGACUUGAUCGAAGCUCUCGACCAGGGGUUCUGUGAGCAAAUCGCCAACUUGUUAUAUGGACAGGCCGAACUUCGAACAGAUAUCUGCCGCGCUCUCCAAAAUCUAGUGGACAGCAACAAAGCUAUCAUUGAGCUGGAAUCGGACGAUGAUCUCCUUGCGCAAGCUCGCAUUUCCAAGGCUGGAGCGAAGCAGAACCUAGAACAUUUGGCUGGGUUCGCGAGCAACAUGCUUGCAGUCCUGUUCAAUGUGUACAGCCAGACGCUUCCUCAGUAUCGAGGUACUAUUCUUCGAACUAUCAACGCUUACUUAAGUAUUGUCCCUGAGAAAGAACUCAUGGAGACGUUCGAGCGCGUCGCAGCGAAUCUUGAAGCAUCGCUCCCGGAGACUGGUUCGCAGAGGCAAGCAGACAAGCAAAAGAUGGGCAAAGAUCAAACCAAGAUGCCACCGAUGAGUCACACACUCAUGGACCUGAUCAUUACGAUUGCUCUUUACCUCCCCCGAGACAGCUACCGCUCGCUCUUCCGCAUGGCUGAGAUCAUGAUCAACAAGGAUAAUGACCCACAGUUGCAGAAGAAGGCAUACAAGCUCAUUCCUCGACUUGCGGAGUCUGAAAUGGGCAAAUCAGCUCUAAAAGACCGCAACGGCGAGCUGCAGAUACUGCUCCUGAACAGUGCGGAAAAAGCCUCGGCUCCUGCCCGGAGAGAUCGUUUGAAUGCAAUCCUGCAGGUUAUCGAGUUCUUACCAAAAGACGACUUGCACUUCAUUCCCUCUGUUCUUUCCGAAGUUGUCAUCUCGGCAAAAGAGACGAAUGAGAAAGCGCGAGAGGCUGCAUACAACCUUCUUGUUGCCAUGGGUGAGAAGAUGGCAGAAGGUGGUCAAGUGGUCCAGACCAAGGUUCCCAACAUGCCUGCAGAUGCGCCAACGGUAGAGGCUUCUCUUGAGGAGUACUUCACCAUGGUGUCAGCCGGUCUCGCCGCAUCAACACCCCACAUGAUUUCCGCCUCCAUCACCGCCGUAACUCGUAUCCUCUUCCAGUUCCACACACGCAUCUCCCCCGAGACCAUUGCCAAUCUCUGCGAUCUCAUGGACAUAUUCCUCCAAAACCCCAAUCGAGAGAUCGUGCAGAGUGUGCUGGGCUUCGUCAAGGUUGAAGUCAUCUCUCUUCCUGAAUCUCUUAUCCGCCCUCGCCUGAACACCCUUCUCACCAACCUCAUGGUUUGGAGUCACGAGCACAAGGCGCACUUCAAAGCCAAAGUCAAGCACAUUGUUGAGCGCAUGGUGCGCAAAUUUGGUGUUGAAGCCGUUGAACGCGCCUGCCCCGCUGAAGAUCGCAAACUCAUUGCCAAUAUCCGCAAAACACGCGAGCAGCGCAAGAAGAAGAAGCAACAGGCCGAGGAAGACGGCGAGACGCCUGCUGCAGAAAAGCCAAAGGGCAAAUUUGAGAGUGAAUACGAUCAAGCCGUCUAUGGUAGCGAGAGCGAGGAGAGUGAGGCUGGCGAUUCAGAGGAAGAGUUUAUCAAGAGUCAGACGAAACAGCAACGGGGUGGUGCGAAGAGCGGGAAAACAUAUAUCAUUGAAGACGAGGAUGAACCGCUCGAUCUGCUCUCCAAGCGCGCCCUUGGAAACAUAUCCUCCACCAAACCCCUCCGCCAACGCAAGGCACCGACCAAGAUGAAGGCACGCACCAAUGAAGACGGCAAACUCGUCCUCGGCGACUCGGACGACGAAACUGGCGCGGUCAAGAUUAAGAAGACCAAGGCAGCCGACGACGAAGACGUCCUCAUGGACAUUGACGACAACGCCACCUCCCUCGAAGCCGGUAUCAACGCCUACGUCGACGCCAUCCGUGGCCGCGACGCCGCCCAGCGUGGCCAAAAGGGCAAACUCAAGUUCAGCAACAAAAAGACAAAGGACGACGAGGAAAUGGAUAUGGAAGAUGAUGGGGCCGAAGCCGGAUGGCAGGACAUUCGCAAGGCGAAGAGUGGACACGGAGGGGGAGCGCAGAGUCAGCGCAAGGGACUUGGGCAGGAGAGAACGAGGGGGGGCAAUAUUGCUGGUGGGAGAGGCGGUGGGUUUAGAGGUGGGAGGGGUGCUAGUGGGAGAGUGGAAAAGCCGAAGAGUCCGCGGGCGGGUGGGGGUGCUGGACGGGGUGGGAGAGGAGGGUUUGGAGGACGAGGGAGAGGGGGUUGGAGUGGGCCGAAGUGA